GCCGCUUGCUAGCGUUCUCCCAAUUCGUUGAGGAACAAAAAUGGACAAACAGCGUAGUAUGUACUCGGUCAACGGUGCAUGGGGGGUUCGAGGAAACGCGUUGGAACGAAGCACGUCCAGAUUUGUCCACCCCCAUUUCCUCGUUGUGUACUAAAGGCUCUAGCAGCACAGCAGUAAUUAUCUCCAUCGCCAAUUCCCAACCUUGAACGACAACUCACAUCAGUCGCUCUUUCAUUGGCUCUUCGAAAAUCGCAAUUCCGUGGUCCUGCGCUCUAUCUCUGAUCUGCCGAAAUCACCGCGAUGUCCUCAAGCACCGGAGCCGCGAACACCUCCAAAUUCGAAGCUCGACGUUUACAGGAGGAGCGAGUGCAGGCCUGGAUUAAUGACGACACUGCACCGCACCCUCUGAGCGCGAUGGCAAUUGAUGGGAGCGAGAGAAGACAACGUGCUCUAGCUGAGGUUGAUGGCAUGUUUGCAGGUCUCACAUAUCUUGAGAAAGUGUGUUUGGGAGAUGUCCAGGAGAAGUCUCAACGCGAGCCAUCUUGGACAAACAACGACCACUUCGGGGCAUUCUUUGAAGACACGUGCGACAUCAGUCCCACCGAUUUCCAACAUAUGGAAGCACAGUAUGUCUCGGAAGUGGAGAUGCGAACAAAUGAGAUCAAGCGGGCGUGGUCAGGCCUUCGAGGUCUACGAAAAGGCCUGGAACACCAGCACCAACGGCUCAAGAGCAUAGCCUCCGAGGCAUCCUCAACCAACAUACAGAAACUUUCGCAGGCUUAUGCAAAUCCCAAAACAAUGGGAGAAAUGGGCAUCUUGGCUUACAGAGACGUGCUCGACUUCGUUAUUCCGGAUACUCUCGUUGAAGUUGUCGCGUUCACGGCAGUUUCCUACGUCAUCUCGGGCCUCCUAUUCCAACGCGGUCGGGUCGCCAAAACCGACAUUCUUUCUGGUUUACAGCGUUGGGGGGACUGCAUCACGAAUGUCGACGAUCGGAAGGUCUUCGCUUCAUUUGCUUCGAAGAUGUGGCCUCUAGAGCAUCUCCGGACUACAGACGACAUCGGGAAACGAAGCGGCCAAGACGACGACAAAGAUUCGCAUCACCACAGAGAUAAGCGUUCAAGGUUGGAGAAUAAUGGUCCUCUACAAACACUCAACUUUCAGCCCUUUCAGAAAGGUGUUGAGCAGAGCAGCCCAUCAAAGGACAUACGAGAUGCAGCUCUAUCCACUUCGCGUGGGAUAGAGGUGCUAUCAGACACAUUACCAUCUUCGGCCUACGAUCAACAACAUUCAUUCGAGGUUCCAUCGCUGGAGGGUGAUGUUAUGAACAUCACAGAUGAUACCAACGAAGAGUUCGACUUCGGUCAAUUUUCGUAUCUGUUGGGAGAUCUCGAUGGCGCUGAAGUAAGACUUGGCCAAAACAACGACCCGAAAAGUCCAGGAUACUAUUCAUCAGGUCUGUCAGUCGGCCACAUUCCCUCUGAGACCUUCUUGCCCGUGGAAAAUCCUUAUAUGCGGCCGCAGUCGCCGCCUCCCGCCAAGGAGUGCCCCUCUAUUAUUCCGGAUGACCCUGCAGUGAAACAGAACAUCAUCAACUUCAAGUGUCUCAACAGAGACAGCGACACUGCAAUAUUCAAGUUGAGAGAUACCCCAAUGUUCUUGGUCGUGCUCGCUUUCUCGCAAGAUACAGGCGAUGUCUUCUAUCGACUAUCAGGCUGUGGUAAAACUGUUCACGCUACCAGCAGAAGCUCAGCAUACGCUAGGGAGAGAUCUAAAUCCGAGAAGAGACUACGAAAGGAUUUGUUUGAUCCGAUGAAAACUUCUGGGAAAGGCAAUGUGGUAUUUCUUGCGCUGCUCUCAGUCGCCAAGAGCUUUGUAAUAUUGGGCAGUCUGUCAACUCUUGAACAUGCUCAAGACUACUUGGUCGCCAUCUCUCGCGAACUUGAAGUCAUCGAGCCUGGUCAUGAGCACGUGAAGUUCGUUCGUUGGCUUUACCGCUCCUCCGGGUCCCAUACUUCUAGCACGGAAGCUUCCACUCGUUCGGCUACAAAGGCAAAACAAGAGAAUUUUCCAUCGGUAACACAAGACGCGUAAGUUCAGACAGGCUCAUGGGAAAGCCUAUCGUUGUGAUGGCCCGAACUGCACGAAAACAUACAAGACAGGCUCCGGGCUCUGGAAGCACAAACAAAAAGAACACGAGGAGAAUGUCGCGAG